AUGACGGCGAUGGAUGGGGAGUUUGCAGGAUGUAUCACCAAAUACAUUUUUAAUGGUGCGCACGGUAUGCCAAACCUUUUCCUUAUCAUGACCUAUUGUCAGAUGGAGUUGCUGCAAAUGGAUGAAGAGGAGAAGGCAAGAUGGCUGCAGGUCGAAGCGAAUAGAAAUUCUAGUUUCAGGACGCUUUAUGACCUUGUCGGGAAGAACCCGACCCAAGUCAUCCUGGUGGACAACCAGCGCGAUGAAGAAAUGCAAACUACUUAUGGGCACUGGCGGCAGAUGAUUCAUGACAUUGAGAGUCCUUUGGAAUGGAAAAAUGAUCACGGGUGGAAGAAGUUGAGUGAUCUCAUAAACCAACAAGAGGAGCUUGCAAGAAAUGAAAAAAACAACUGCUGA